GUGACGGUCUCGGUCCUGGUGACGGUCUCGGUUCCGGUGGCGGCUGGGCGAGCACCAUGCUGGCUACCCGGUUGUGGAUGAUGAGGAAGCUUCCUUCUCUUCUGGCUCGGACACUCACUUCUGGGACCACUGGCUCCCCAGAGCUUCCUGACAUGAAUGAAGGACACUUACCCCUUCAUGUGAAUAAUGUGCGAAGCAGAUUGAGGGAAAUAGUGGGAGCAUCUACCAACUGGAGGGAUCAUGUGCAAGCAAUGCAAGAAAGAAAAGCUCUUCAUACUUUACUGGCAAAACAGCAGGAGGAUCUCCCUCCUAGGAGGAUGAAGGAUAGCUACUUGGAAGUUAUUCUACCUCUAGGAAGUCAACCUGAAAUAAGAGAAAAGUACCUGAAUGUACACAACAGUGUAAGGUUUGGAAGGAUACUUGAAGAUCUUGACAGUUUAGGAGUUCUUAUUUGCUACACUCACACCAAGCAGGAAAUGCAGCCAAAGUCUCCUUUAUCAAUAGUUACAGCUCUGGUGGAUAAAAUCAAUUUGUGCAAGAGGAUUAUAUAUCCAGAUUGUGACAUCAGAUUCACAGGCAAUGUUUCUUGGGUUGGGAAGACCUCAAUGGAAGUGAAGAUGCACAUGCUGCAGCUACAUGAUGGUGAUUACAGCCCUGUGUUAGAUGCAACCUUUGUCAUGGUGGCCCGGGAUCCAGAGAAUAAAGGGCCAGCAUUUGUUAAUCCACUAGUUCCUGAGAGCCCUGAGGAAGAAAAAAUCUUCAAUCAAGGGGAAUUGAACAAACUGAAGAGGAUUGAUUUCAGCACCGCUUCCUUACUGAAAAUGGCGCCCACUGCAGAAGAAAGAAACAUUAUUCAUGACAUAUUCCUUAAUACGUUGGACACAAGGACAGUAAGUUUCCGGAGUCGUAAAUUACCACCCAAUUCAGUGUGGAUGGAAGAUACAAAGCUAAAAGGGCUACAGAUUUGCCAUCCUCAGGAACGAAACAUCUUCAAUAGGAUCUUUGGAGGUUUUCUCAUGAGAAAGGCGUUUGAACUUGGAUGGGCAAUUGCUUGCAGCUAUGGGGGUUCCAGACCUUUUAUUGUAUCUGUUGAUGACAUCAUGUUUCAGAGGCCAGUUGAGGUUGGAUCCUUGUUACUGCUUUCUGGACAGGUCUGUUACACAGAAAAAAACUACAUCCAGGUUCGAGUACACACUGAGGUUUAUGAUGCAGACACCAGGGAUCACCACACAACCAAUAUCUUCCAUUUUACAUUUAUAUCAGAAAAUGAGGUUCCACGAGUUGUCCCCAAAACAUACGGAGAGUCCAUGUUGUAUUUAGAUGGGAAGCGACACUUUGCUGCUGUGAUGAAAGAAAUCUGACAGGCACUGGAUCAGCAGAAUAGCAGCAUGCUGUCUUGGAAAGAGUUGUCACCAGAGAUGGCUAACAGACAGGUGCAAAAAAUAAAACCAAAUCCCCUCCAAACCAGAAACCACAAACCUGAACCCCACAACAGAAAACACCUUUUAAAUGCUAUUUAUAUAUUUGCAUAUAUUUGGAUUUUUUUAUUCUUUGCUACUAGGAUUUGUUGAAAUCUAUUUUCACAUGUUAAUGCUAGGAAAAAAGCCUGAAAAAAUACAGUACUAAGCUUCA